AUGGAGGGGAAGGUUGGGGGACAGGAGGAGGAGGAGGAGGAGGAGGAGGAGGAGGAGGAGGAGGAGGAGGAGGAGGAGGAGGCUUUGAGAGUUGUUCACAUAACAGACUUUCAUGUCUUCAAAGACCCAUCAUCCAUGCUUUCCUCCGGCAUACUGCCCUACGAAUCCCUCAAGUUUAUAGUGCAGAAUGCCCUGAGUGUCGCAACUCAACCCGACGCUGUCUUGAUGACUGGGGAUUUCACACACGACGAGUCCAUCGAGGCGUAUGAAAUGAUAGCUGAUCUUAUUGCUAAGGCCUGGAACACAAAGAACACCCCUGUCCUUUACGUCCCUGGGAACCAUGAUGACGUCGGAAGAAUGUCCGAAGUCUUCAUGAAGCAUGGAAUGGUUGGAUCAAACGGACCCGGCAGGCCGUGCGCUUUCCCGCUAGGCGCAUGGAGUAUUCUGAUGGUAUCUACGCACGUUGAAGGCGAGAUCUUCGGGAGGAUAGAGGAUGGGGACCUGCGGUGGAUAGAGAGCUCGCUGAGUGAACGACGGGGACAACCGUGUGUCCUGGCAAUCCACCACCCCCCACUAUCACCAGAACCAAGAACGCAGGAAAACCUUUGGACAGAAAACUGUCUCAAAAACGGAGAAGAGCUCCUUGCCGUGCUGUCAAACCACCCCAAUGCGAGGCUGAUGCUUCACGGUCACCUCCACUCCGACACGCGAUGCCGGGCAACUAUUAGCUGCAUGCAAGUCGGAGCUCCCGCUACCUGCCAUCAGUAUGAUCCCACGAAGGGCUGGAGGCCUGGUCCUUGCUGCCUUGAACCUGGGUUUCAGAUGGUAUCGCUGCGGAAGGACGGUACCUUCGACCUUGAUGCUAGACUUGUACCUUUCCUGCCUUGA